CCCUAUCUUCGCUAUCCGAUCCAAUCGGCGGACACACCCCAACGCAGACGAUGUCCGCCGCCGCAUUCACCGUCUCCGCCUCCCAGUUCACCGGCGCUAAGCAGCGCCGGGCGCUCAACGCGCGCGCGGUCACCGCGUCCUCCUCCCGCCGCGCCGUCGUCGCCGUCGCCGCGGGCCCGAAGAAGAUCGUGAUCGCCGGCGCCCCAGCCUCCGGCAAGGGCACCCAGUGCGAGCUCAUCGUCGAUAAGUACGGCCUGGAGCACAUCUCCGCGGGCGAUCUCCUCCGCGCGGCGGUCGCGGCGGGUACCGACCUCGGCGUGCGCGCCAAGGAGUUCAUGGACCGCGGCGAUCUCGUGCCCGACGAGGUGGUCGUCGGGAUGGUCGUCGAGGCGCUCGACACGGACAAGGCCAAAUCCGCCGGCUGGCUCCUCGACGGCUACCCGAGGUCCGCGUCCCAGGCGGACGCCAUCACGAAGGAGGGCAUCAUCCCCGACUCCGUCAUCCUCCUCGACGUCCCUGACGACAUCCUCGUCGAGCGCGUCGUCGGACGCCGGAUGGACCCGGAGACGGGGAAGAUUUACCACCUCAAGUUCAACCCUCCGCCCGCCGACGUCGCGGCGCGGUGCACGCAGAGAAGCGACGACACCGAGGAGAAGGCGAUGAACAGGCUCAAGGUGCACCACUCCAACGUGGAGGCCGUGGUGGGCAAGUACGAGGGGAAGAUCAACGAGAUCGACGGCAACAGGUCCAAGGCGGACGUCUUCGCAGACAUCUGCGGCGUCAUCGACGAGAUGUGAUUCGACCCUG